GGGUGUACGAAUUUGCCGUACACCCGGGGUGUACGUUAAGGAGGCCCUUUCAAAAAUCUCUCGUGCCAUUGUGUACUAUGCAAAGCGGCUUUCGCCGGAAGCCCGCUUUGGCACGCGUUCUCCUCUUGUGGUCGGAUGCCCAUUUUGA